GAGUGAGCAAGAUGGAGAAGAUGGGCACUGUGCAACCUCAGCUAGAGGACAUGAAGUUGUACCGCAGAGCUCAUCGGAUUCUCACAGAGCCACUGCAUUCAGUGAAACAAGUCUGGGUCAGAACCAGUAGAGAUCGAUGGCGUGUGAUGGCGAGCAACCUCACCAACUUCACCCUUGUCUCAUUACAGUCAUCCGACAGUGUUGUAUGCUUCCUUGGAGAUCACGUUGAUGAACUGAAUUGCUGGAAUUAGAGAGAUGGAGGAUGAGAAGGAUUUCUGUUGGCUCGGAAGGGAUGAGAAGGGAAUCAAACGGAAGGAAGGACACGGCGCCAGCUGCCGGAGACGGGGGACCGCCAGCUUGGUGGAGUCCUGAGCUCAUCUUGUACUAGUAAUGCAAGCACACAGCUAUAUUAUUUGUGGGGAUCGAUGAACUGUUCUCGAAGGCGACGACUCGUGAGAGCGAGACCGUGAGGAGCCAUUGCGAGAUGACGGUGCAGUAGCAGUGCGAAGUCUGGCUCAAUAGAAUAGUGUGGCAGCGGCAGUCCAUGGAGAUGGAGGUUAGGUUCACCGUGGAAGAUGGAUCUUGGCCAGCUCAGUGCACCAGCGAGGUUGGGGUAACGGAGAGUGGACGAAGAGCUCUGUAAUUAUUAGCAGUAGCUGCAAGACAUCAUUAAUGGAGAUGUGAAGGUGAACAUGGAGCAGUCUGUAGUGCAACAAGGAAGGCACUGAAUGAUUGAUCCCCUCUCAGGCCCAGACACUAUUUGGAUCUCAUGCGUAUGGCUCUGUUCUCUUGCAUGCAUGCAGAAAGCCAGUUAGGUGUAGCAUCCAUUGCCUUUUGGUUCCAUCACUACCACCCCAAACCUACCGCACAGUUACCAUUCCCUCCAUCGGUAACAUUCGAAAGUUCCAACAACAGCGCUUCUUCUUCUUCUUCUUCUUCUACCUUUUCCCUCUUCCAACAAUAUAAACGUUAACAGAGAUCGAAGCAAAGCCCACAAAAGACUGAGUCUAAAACCCACGCCCUUCACCCGACACUCUGCAGUCCUCGUCGGAGGUCAACUCAGAGCUCGCUAGUAAUACUAUUACAUAAGCGAGCGUGAGUGAGAAGGUAAUGGCGUCACUUUGCCGCCACUUCCUACUCUUGCUCCUCCUCAUCCUUGCUCCCGGGAAACUAGCCAAGGUGGCGGAGGACGCGACGGAGGUUGAGGCUCUCCUCGAACUCAAAGCUGCUGUAUCAGACCCCUCCGCGGCCCUCUCAGCCUGGAACUCCUCCGACGGCGUCGACCACUGCUCCUGGCCGGGAGUCGCCUGUGACCCGCUUCGGGGCUCCGUCGUCUCCCUCGACCUCUCCGGACUCAACCUUUCCGGCACGCUUUCCCCUGCCGUCGGCCGUCUUCGUCACCUCCUCAACCUCUCCGUCGCUUCCAACUCCCUCUCCGGCCCCAUCCCCGCUGACCUUUCCCGCCUCGCCGACCUCCGCCACCUUAACCUCUCCGACAACCUCCUCAACGGCUCCUUUCCCUCCGCCCUCGCCCACCUGAAGAACCUCCUCGUCCUCGACCUCUACAACAACAACCUCACCGGCCCCCUCCCCGCCGAGGUCGCCGAGCUACCUAACCUCCGCCACCUCCAUCUCGGCGGCAACUUCUUCACCGGCGUCAUUCCCCCGGAGUUCGGCGGCUGGGAGUUCCUCGAGUACCUCGCCGUCUCCGGCAACGAUCUCGGCGGCCCCAUCCCGUCAGAGCUCGGCAACCUCACCCGCCUUCGACAGCUGUAUGUUGGCUAUUUCAACAGCUUCGUGGGCGGCAUCCCACCCGAGAUAGGCAGACUCGCGGCGCUCGUCCGUCUCGACAUGGCCAACUGCGACCUCAGCGGCGCGAUCCCGUCCGAGCUCGGGAACCUCCAGAAUCUCGACACUCUGUUCCUCCAGGUGAAUGGUCUGGCCGGUGAUAUACCAUCGGCGCUCGGCCGCUUGCGCAGCCUCAAGUCCAUGGAUAUCUCCAACAAUGCCCUCACCGGCGAGAUUCCCUCCACCUUCGCCGACCUCCAGAACCUGACUCUGCUCAACCUGUUCCGCAACAAGCUCCAAGGGUCGAUCCCGGAGUGCGUCGGCGACCUGCCGGCGCUGGAGGUGCUGCAGCUCUGGGAGAACAAUUUCACCGGUGGGAUCCCGCAACGACUCGGGGAGAGCGCUCGGCUCCAGCUCCUCGAUGUAUCGUCGAACAAGCUCACGGGGAACCUACCGCCGGACCUGUGCUCUGGCAACAGGCUGCAAACUCUCAUUGUGCUACGGAACUUCCUCUUCGGCCCAAUACCAGAGACCCUUGGCCGGUGCGAAUCACUCGGUCGGAUCCGUAUGGGGCAAAACUACCUCAAUGCAUCGAUCCCUGAUGCUCUCUUCAGCUUGCCCAAGCUCUCGCAGAUCGAGCUCGAAGACAAUCUCCUCACCGGCGCGUUCCCGGACACCGGCAACGCCGCCAUCUCUCCGGACCUCGGCCUGAUUAACCUCUCCAACAACCGGCUCUCAGGGCCACUCCCGCGGUCCAUCGGCAAGUACUCCGGCGUCCAGAAACUCCUCUUGAACCAGAACCAGUUCUCGGGCCCUAUCCCGCCGGAAACUGGGAGGCUGCAGGAGCUCUGCAAGCUGGAUUUAAGCGGGAACCGGUUUUCUGGCCCGAUAGCGCCGGAGAUAAGCCGGUGCAAGCUCCUAGCUUUCGUGGACCUCAGCCGGAACGAGAUAUCCGGCGAGAUCCCACCAGAUAUUGCCGGAAUGAGGAUCUUGAACUACCUCAACUUGUCUAGGAAUCACCUCGAAGGGAGAAUUCCGCAAUCACUUGCCUCGAUCCAGAGCCUCACGGCGGUCGAUUUCUCAUAUAAUAACCUCUCCGGCCUUGUCUCCGGCACCGGCCAGUUCAGUUACUUCAAUGUGAGCUCGUUCGUCGGCAAUCCCGGUCUCUGCGGUCCGUACCUCGGUCCCUGCAGCUCCGCGAUUAAGGGUACCGGAUCCCCUCUUGCAUGGGGAUCACUCUCGGCCUCCUUCAAGGUGCUAGUGGUUGCUGGUCUCCUCAUCUGUUCCAUUGCCUUCGCCAUUUCCGCCAUCAUCAAAGCUGUGUCACUGAAGAAGGCAAGCGAGGCCCGAGCGUGGAAGCUCACGGCUUUCCAGCGUCUCGACUUCACCUGUCACGAUGUGCUCGACUGCCUGAAGGAGGAGAACGUCAUCGGAAAAGGCGGCGCAGGCGUCGUGUACAAAGGCGUCAUGCCCAAUGGCGAACAGCUUGCGGUGAAGCGGCUCCCGGCGAUGAGUCGGGGCUCGCCGCAUGACCAUGGCUUCUCGGCCGAGAUACAGACCCUCGGGAGGAUUCGGCAUCGUCACGUUGUUAGGCUGCUGGGUUUCUGCUCCAACCACGAGACCAAUCUCUUGGUCUACGAGUACAUGCCCAACGGGAGCCUUGGCGAGGUCCUUCACGGGAAGAAGGGCGGCCAUCUGCUUUGGGACACCCGGUACAAGAUCGCCGUCGAGGCUGCAAGGGGACUCUGCUAUCUCCACCAUGACUGUUCGCCGCCGAUCCUGCACCGCGACGUGAAGUCCAACAACAUCCUUCUCGAUUCAGAUUUCGAAGCCCAUGUCGCGGAUUUCGGGCUCGCCAAGUUCUUGCAGGACUCUGGCACGUCCGAGUGCAUGUCCGCCGUCGCCGGCUCCUACGGCUACAUUGCUCCAGGUACUUCGUCGACGCUGAACUCUGUUCUUCGUGCAGAAACCCUUAUUUCAAUAAUUGGACUGUUUCUCCAAAUUGAUUCCGCAGAGUAUGCAUACACGUUGAAGGUGGACGAGAAGAGUGAUGUGUACAGCUUCGGCGUGGUGCUUCUCGAGCUGGUGACCGGAAAGAAGCCGGUGGGCGAGUUAGGCGAUGGCGUCGACAUCGUUCAGUGGGUUCGGGAGACGACAGACUCCAAGAAGGAAGAAGUACUUCAAAUUCUGGAUCCCAGGCUGCCCACAGUUCCCCUGGACGAAGCCAUGCAUGUCUUCUACGUCGCCAUGCUGUGCGUCGAGGAACAGAGCGUGGAACGCCCGACGAUGAGGGAGGUUGUUCAGAUACUAAUGGAUCUACCAAAAGGACAUGGCUGUGACGCACCCAUCAAGGAAGUGAAGGAACAGCAGCAGCAGGCUGCAGAAAACUCACCACCACCGGAUCUCCUCAGUAUUUGAAAUGCCGGCACUUGGAUCGGAAAGCUGUCGAAGGGUGAUCCACGAACCUAUCACUUCAAACCUGUUCAUGGUGAUGGCAAUGUCUUGUGAAGUUGUUUGUCUUAUUACAAGGGAGCAACUUGAGCCUUUAGAUCAAUCUACUUUACAGGGACAGAAAGAAUGUCCUGAUCUCAUUUUUCUUGUUCAUGAAAGACAGAGGCCUUCCUGUUUCCUCUGUGUCAGUGAUCAGUACUUGUUUGAUGCGCCUUGGAUCAUAUGAUGAUCUGUAAUGAGAAAUAAUGGGAAUCGAAUAAUGUCCGGCCUUUGGCACACCAAACGAGAUGGCCUCUGAAGAACCUCGCCGUAGCUCUGUUUGGCGUGCCAGUGGUGAAGUCGAGCCCAAAGGCCAGAAAGAAUGGACACGAAGGCCUCAUCGUCCACAUUUUCUGGAUCGCUGAGCUGUGUUAUCUGUGAGACAGUGAGCACGAGGAGCACUGCUGUGGUGGAUAAGAAGGUGGCUCCGGCACCACAGGAUGUUGGCAGCUGCCGGCCGGCAUGAGAUUCCACGGGCUUUGUCGCCCCUUAAGGUUUGACGACUGUAAGAGAGGAGGGUAGAUUGAUUAGGGGAGAAGACGAGAUAAAUCGACAGGAGUAAAGACUCGAGAGAGAAACGACACUCGUGUCGCGAUCACACGCACAAGCAGCCACAGAGAAGAGGGAGGGAGGAGCAGCGGAAGCCACCGGGCGGCGUUGCUUCCGCGACACUCCAACGAGGCGUUCGCCCAUGAUCGCAAGAUCCAACAGCGCGCCUGGUCCCUCCGCUCCGCCCCUUGCGUGCUCUGUUGUGCGCGAUGUUCACGCCCCUGGCGUCACGACAGGGCAGGUCGCCAUCUCGUUGCAGGAAGAACAGUGUUGUAGGUGUACCAUGUCAAUCUGUGUGAUCGCCUCAUCCAUCUCCUUUCUAUAUCAUGCUUCCACCACCACCUACCAACCAAACACAAAACAAGUAUGACUUCAUUAUCUUCGCUCUCUUUUUAUCUUUGGGGAAUCUGAUUUGUUCCUCUCUGAUGCGUCGAUGAUACCUCAUACUUCACCUCUUCUGUCAGCUACUGUGAAUUGGCAUCUGUCUUGUUAGACGAAAGCUGGUUUGGCUCCGAACAUGGCAAAGAUUCCAAGUGAUCCCCCAUGUCUGUCAGUGACUGAAGCCUGUGAGUAUGUGAAGUUACGUAGGAGAAGAGGGAGGUCACAGAGACGGAUGAGGACAAAGGAAGGAAUGCCUUGGGCAGCAGCAGUGGAAGACAAGGCCAAAGCCAGCACAGCUACGAGAAAGGGCCACCUUACCACCCUCUUUCUCGCGCACACAACAUAAGACAGGGAAGAGGAGAGGCGGAGAAAGGAGAGAGCGAGAGUGCCCUUCUUCUGCUGCUGUUGCUGGUGGUGGUAUGGCGAAGCCCAGGAAGAAAGCCUUCCUACCCUUCAUCUUACAAAAUGACGAGACUACCCCUAGGUCUGGUGUCGAUGGCCCCGAUCAUACGAGGGCUUUUUCGUCAAUGUAGCAGGCCCCUUGCCCCUCGACCGCGAAGGAAGGCAGACAGGACGGAGCCAGGCAACAAGAAGCAGGGCGGGCGAGUACGAAGAGGAGGGGGGGAACCGUCUCUUCUUCGUAUGUGCGAUAGGGUCGGCAUGCGGAUGAUCCACGGCGGGUCGCUCAUGAUCCCAACUAUUUGUUGUGGUCGGAGGGAUCGUAGCUUUUGAGACAAAUAUUCUCCCCUGCUGGAACUUGAUGUUUAGUAUAAUUGACAAGAAUGCAUCCUUAUGGCAGAGAAGUUUGCAUGCCAUUUGUGACUCAUUCUUGCUUUUGAGGUUUUCUUUUUUGCUGGUUGAGAUAACUUUUCCACAUUGGUGAUUCAUUUCACAUCAAGUCAAGGAAUUUUAUCUUUCUUUCAAAUGUGUCAGCUGUGAUGAACCUAUCAAUUCAGAAAACUAUUAUUGUGUUUGAUUUAAGUAGGUGAGAGACUGAUCAUAGUGUUAAUGUAUAUAUUUUAGUCA